AGAUCACCAUUUACAAUUUUGCAUGUGUGUACCUGUUUGUAUGGGGACGAUUCACGUAGUUGUGAAUUUUGACAGUAGGAGUCGCAUUGGGGACCAAAACACAGAGACUUGUUGAUAUUUUAGGGUUUUAAUUAUAGUUUUAAGAAGAGGAAUUUUUGGCUAUGGAGGUGAAUUCGAUGGGACAAAAUUGUCGGUGUCUUGAGUUAGAAGAAAGGGUUUUAAAAGGUGAAGAAAAGUACAUUGAGUUAGAAACAGAGUUGCAGAAACGAAACAAAGAGUUUGAGUCACUUGAAUUGAGGGUUAAAGAAUUGGAAUCAGAGAAGUUAGUAGUUGAAGAAGAGUUGAGGAAUCUUAAAGAAUCUGAGGAAAGUUCAUUGAUUGAUCAGAUGAUGGUGAACGGAGUGUUGGAGUUUGAGAAACAGGUGGCUAAGAAAGAAGUUGAUGAUUGGAAAAUAAAGUUUGAGAAACUUGUGGAGACUGUGCGAAAGUUAUAUGAAAUUGGUGGGUUUGGAUAUGGAGAAUUGGAAUUGGAUGAGAAUGUGAAGUUAGGUUUGGAGUUAGCUAGGAUCAAGAAUAUUGAAUCUUGUAAAGUGUAUAAAGAUGAUGCUCUGCCUAGGGAAGGAUUAGGUUUUUAUCAAGGUUUAGGCUCACCUUAUAUGACCACACCGGUUAAAGACUAUAUCUUGGAGAGAGACAGAGACAGAGACAACAUGUCUUCUCGGAGACGAGUGAAUAAGAUGUUGUCGUUUGAAGAUGAUUGUCACAAAUCUGGUGGUGUAGUUGAUUUAAGUGAUGAUGAAACAGAGGAGAGAAGCGAGAAGGAAUAUGCUGAUGUUAUGGAUACUUUAGAGGAGAGAACUAUUGGUGAGAAUUAUGAAGAUGAAGAUGUGGAACCUUGUGAUGUUAACACAAGUACUCCUUCUAGGCGUAAGAGGAAGCGGGUUAUUGCCAGCGAUUCAGAACACGAUGAUGAUGAUGAUGAUGAUGAAGACAAUAUACCGAUUUCAGUGCUCAUGAAUUUGAAACCAACUAACCAAGAGAUGUCAGAUUUGGUUGAUACACCAAACAAAGGAGAGAGUGAGUCCAGGAGAUUGAGUGGACAGCGUCGAGUGUCGGCAAGACUGAAUAAACGGAGAGUUUCUGAAGGGAUAUCUGCUACAACAGAGAGACUUGUGGGAAUCCCGACAACCGAUAAUGCAGAUGAUGAUGAGACAGAAGAAGAGUCAGAGAGUGAGAGUCUGGAUGGGUUUAUUGUUGAUGAUGUUAGUCAUGAGAGUGUCAGUGAAAAGUCUGAUGAAACCGGGGAAGAGGAAUCUGAUGGAGAAACCGAUUAUGCUGAAGUCAUGUCAAGGUUAAGGAGGGACAAGAAACCCGAGAAGCGGAUAUGGGAGUAUGAGGCAGAUAUGCUGGCAGAUUUCGGUAAAGAUCCCGAGCUUUGUAUGAGAGCGGUUUGUGUUCUGUUCAGGUUUCAAACAGAAGAUGAAAAGGUGGAAAGAUCAAGUCAUGUCAGUAAUGGUCGCGGUUUCAGCAAGGUUGACGCUGUAAGGGGCACUAGCAUAGCACUAUUUCUGACGGAUGGAGAUCCCGCCGGUGAUAUGAAGAAAUCGGUUGAGGAUUUGAAAAGUUUCAAGUUUGAAGACGUUAAGAAAUGUGAAAUAUUAGCAUGCAAAUACUCGAAACAACUCUUCCAGAUCUAUAAUAACAGAGAAGAUCCAUUCUUUGCUCUUCCUCCAUCUCCAUGAGUUGGGUAAUAAACGUCAUGACUAAUG